UCUUCUUCAAAUCCCGUAACUUUCUGCAUUAAACACCUUCAACAUCGCUUUCUGUAAUUCAAUAUUUGAAGCUCUUGAAACCCCAUCAAAUCUUUAAUCACCAGUUUCUACCCUUCCCACUUCUUUCGUUGAUCUUCUUGUUCUUAAUUGCUUCAGCCGACUUCCAUGGAAAUCUAUACUUCUGCUUCAUCUUUUGAAACCAGUCUUACACUCCAACCACGAAACAGUUUUCGAGAUGUCUCUUUUUCAUCCUACUUGAAUAACGCUGAAGAAAACAUGAUUCGGAAGCUCACAAAUCAAUCUUCAGAUACCCCAAAAGAUCAUCACCAUUAUCCUAAUCCUAAGAAAUCAGAAGAAGAAGAAGAAGACGACGAAGAAAUUAGCGUCUUUGGUGCAGAAAAGUACUUCAAAGGGGAAAUUGAAGAUGGGGAUGGUAAGAAUAAUCGAAGAUUUCUUGAUACGAGUAAUAGUGCAAUCAAGAUUCAUCAUCAAGACCAAAGAAUUGAAGAAUUUGAUCAUAGUUUUCCUGUAAAACAAAGGACUGAUCAAAUAAGCAUGCACACACCAAGUGUUCGAUCAAAUGCCAGCUUGAAUAGUCGCAGUGGGUUGUUACCCCAUACGAAACAAGCUCCUGGAAAGAUCGAAAAGGAAAGCAAAACCAAGAUUUUGCUUUCUAGAUUUGGUUGCAAUUGUAUUAAUAAGAAAUCGACCCAAAUCAGUGAGAAAAGAUUCAUUCAGACGAAAGAAAUCUCGAAGCCACCACACCCGAAAAUACUCGAUUUCGAUCAGAGAACUGACCCAUUAUCGAGUAAAUCAGCAGAGAAGAACACCAGAAAUGAUUAUUUUAGCUUCCCUGUAUUAAACGCGAAUGAUACGAAUUCAAUUUCGAAUUCGAAUUCGAAAUCUGAAAACUUGGCGGGUAAAGUUCAUAUAGACAACAAUGGCGGCCGUUUAAGCCUUGGAAGGAAACUAAGCUUGCUGAACGAUUGGGACGUGGAUAUUCCGACGGAAGACGAUAUGUGCAUUCCGUCAAGACUAAUGUACAAUAACGAUAUCGAUAGUGAUUCUAGCUCCGAUUUGUUUGAGAUCGAAAGCUUUUCGACAACCGGAAACAGCUCGUUUUUAGCUCACCGGACGUCGGAAUCAAAUUGUUACGCACCUAGUGAGGUCAGCAUCGACUGGAGCAUUGUAACGGCGAGUGCCGCUGACUUCUCGGUGGUUUCCGAUUACGAAGAGAUGAGAACAGGUGGCGGUGGUUGGAGAAAUUCCGGCGGGAAGGUUCAGGGUAUGGAUCACAAAGACGAACAAAAGAAGCGGCCGGGAAUUCUUUCCGGUUGCACGAAUCAAAAAGCGGUGAGAGUGGCCGGAGAUGAGUGUAAGGUUAGUGGUGGUGGAGCGGGAGGACGGCGGCGGUCGCCGGAAUCUAUGGCGGUCGGAAGUAUGUUUCGAGGAGUGAAAAGUGUGACCCGAUUCGAUCGUAACUACGGGUCGGAUGUGUGCCCGAUGUCCGAGUCGAAAGGGCGGCAUGCAUCACAUCACUUGUACAUUUAGCAGUAGCGUAAGUACAUAGAGAUUUAAAAUUUUAGGUUUUAAAUAAUGUAUUUUAUUAUUUUUGUAUUUUUGUAAU